GAAAGCACUGUGAGAUACUGUGAGAUACCGUGAGACUGUUACCUUCAGUCGGUUUCAUGUUUCAUCCACUGAUUGCUGGAACGCCAAACCAAGAAUAAGGGCAUCGCUACUAGGAAUAAGAAGCUACUAGUAGCUCCUGGCAUUACUGGUAGCAAGAAGCUACUAGUAGCAGGGGCAUCGCCACUAACAAGGACGCUAAUGUAAACCUCCAGGCAGAAGAGAAGACGGGCUGGUGGCUAUGGCUUGGAGGCUCCAACCGCUCUGUCAUGGUCCUCCUCUCAGGCCUCCUGAUUCUCUGGAUUAUUUCGGUGCUGAUGGUCGGCUGCUGUGCCUCAUGCAGUGCCGCCAGCUUUUAUGAGCCAAUUUCAGUGAGCAGCAUUACCUGGAAGAGAAAGAAGGAUUGGAGAAUGUAUUUCAACUACCUCCUCCUUCUGCCUCUCCACUUCCUCCGCUCCAUGGAGACAGCUUCAGGGGGCGAUCAAACCCUUUUCUCCUCCGCGGAGAAGGAGUUCUUGGCUUCGCAGCGUCGGGUUUUCAAUGAUGCCGUGGUGAACUUCUUGAGCGUCCGCCGCAGCAUGAUGUUCGUGACGGGGAUCUUCUGCGUGCUUCAACUGUUGAUCCAGAUGGCCGAGGUGCCCAAAGCCUUCGACACUCGACGCCUUUGGAUUGAGAAGAGUCAGAUCGAAGUGGAUGGACAGGUGAUGAAGUUCCAGGACUUUGCAGCUUUGUCGGGCCAGAACUGGACGGAGACCAACCCGGAGGCUUGGUUUCAGUAUAGCAAACACCUUUACACCGGCAUGUUUGCUAAGAUCAUUAGCCAAACAGCUUUGCUCGACAUUGUAGAAGCCUGUGUUGACGUGGCUUGCCAGUUGGCCAGCUGUUUGUACUUGUGGUGGGCACUCAGGAAAUGGUCUCAUUUCCAUCGGUCCCACCGGGGAGUCUUGAAGGGUUGGAUUCUCGGCUUUUGCUUGCUGGCUCCCUUUCUGGCGACCUUGAUCCCCACUCGGCUUUUCGUCGAGUGGAGCGUCCUCGACCCAGUGGUCGAGACCUUCGCGUCCGAGUUAACCACGCAUUUGGCCUCGCACACCGACGACCUUGCGCAGGGCAUCCAGCAAGCUUGUCAAGGUGUGGUGGAUUUCCACGAGCAAGGCCACAUGGACAGUGCUGAGCGGAUGGCCAGGAGAGCCUGUAAUGCUUUGGUCAAAACUCCGAACCGGCACCUGAAAUGUUGUUCCUUUAUGAAGGUUGUGGACUUUGACUUUCGGCCCAUUCACAGCACCUGUGGCAAGAUCAAUGCCUACCUGGACACCGAGGGUGGCCCAUGGCAUCAGAAGGCCUUGACAGCUGCAUCGGAACUUUGCAAAGAGACGGUGAUGCCCAACUUGAAGAACACCAUUGAGUUGGGCUUUUCCAAUGCUUUGGAGAGGGCCGCCACUGCUGGCCCGGUCGCACAACGCAUGAAGCAGAGCGUCUCCAUGGGCAUGGGCUUUGCCGCCUGGCUGCGGGGCUUCAAUACCAUCAUGCAGCUCGCCAAUUGGGAGUGA